AUGCAUGCCUCCGCCCGCUGGUUAAGUCUCGACAACUUGGAGCAGUCCAUAGCAAAGACGGAUUUUCCCUAUAGGGAAAAUCCACUGACGGGAGUGAACACGACCGAUGCCCAUGGUGUAGCCCCUGCUGUAGCCCGUGCGAUCGAUAAGGAGACCAGGUCGGUCAUUUUACAGGUCCCAUUCGCAGCGUGGCUUCUAAAAGCGGUUGGGCGCGACACAGACGUGAUGGAUAUGUUCUUGGUGUACCUCGGGGUGCUCCGUAUUCGACUCAAUAGGUUUCUUCGGAGGUGUCCCGAGCCACUGCGGAUCAAGAAUGAACUUCAAACGGUCCGCCAGAACUGGAGCACUUCAUCUAUCGUUCUCGGAGUAAACCCUCUUGCACGAGCAGUGAUGUCUGGCUGCAUCCAGAACACCCAGUCGUGGAAAUGUUUGACCCAUGAUCUUAAUAUCGGGUUCAUCAUUGACCCUCUUGCUGAUGUCUUCGGUCGCCGACCCCGCCGCUUGAACGCGGACGAAUUUUAUCUCCUGAACACCCGCUUCCAGAGUACCUACGACACUGAACGAGACAUCGAUCCGGUGUCUAGCUUCCGGACCGACUUGAUGUUCUUCCGGGGAAUCAGAGACAUGUCGCCAGAGUCACUAGCCAGCCGCAUCACAAACGAAGACUUGAGAUGCUUUCAAGCCGCGUACGCCCUCAUGCCUUCCGAGCGAGACGAGUGGCGGCGUCUCCUGGGUCACUCUUGGCGUCAUCGAAAUGAAGAUACAACCGAAUGCCUUCGAAAGGACCUGAGAUACGGUGGUCCCUUGGUCGAACUUGCCAUGUGUCUGUACAAGCAACGAAACUUUCAUGGAGUGACUGCAAUUGUGAUAGGUCUGAGGGUUGCUGACUACGAUGCAACAAUGAUCCCACCGGAGCUGCGCAGAAUUGUCGAAUAUGAGGGUAACUUUCGCGCGUGUCGCGACCAUUUGAGGGACAUGAGGGAGACGGGAAAGCCUGCGUUGCCUUUUAUAUAUCCCAUUUACAGGGAGUAUCAGUUGUCCGUUGAAAGUCUCCGUCGGCACGAAGCAUCUUCCCGAUACGAGGCUUGCUUGCAGAGAGUAACUUCAAACGCUGAUGACUUGCUCUGGUUCGGAUCAUACACGGCAAGGUCGGGAAUUGUGAAGAGAAUCGGGAGCAUGUUCGAGUUCUGUAUCUGCUUUUAG